AUGUAAUAAACCUCAGCGUACAAAGGUAAGAGUUGACUUAGAUUCAAGUCGUCCUUGCUGGAGACAGCAAAGUUGGGAAGACAAGUUUCUUUUUGAGAGCCACGAAGAACAUUACGCCUUAGCAACCUAAAUCUACGAUUGGAGUUGAAUAUGCCUCGAAGCAGAUUGUUUAUAAGGAGUAGUUGGUGACAUUGAAAAUCUGGGAUACAGGUAUGAUAAUAUUGAUUUAGCUGGAUCAGAAAAAUAUAAGUCUGUGACAUCAAAGUACUAUUCCAACUAUUUAGUCAUUUUCGUUAAUCCCAAGGAGCCUUGGUGUUUUUUGAUCUAACCGAUCUCUACACUUAUGAGAACAUAUAAAAUUGGCUUAAAGGUACGUAGUAUUGAAAAAUUAACCAAAAAGAUAUACAAAAUUAUGCUGAUGAUUCCGUAACUAUCAUAAUAGUUGGUAAUAAAUUGGAUCUUGUGAAUGAGGCAUAGAAUCUGCGUUGUAUUCCUCAAGAGAAGGUGCAGCAGAUGUGUAAGGACUCGAAUUUGUUAUACGUGGAAAUAUCGACUAAGACAGGAGAGGGAAUCAAUGAAUUAAUCGAAUUGCUAGUUAAGAAUAUGCAGUCAAGAAAAAUCGAGAAUGAGCCCCAAUAAGAAAGACCAAGAUAAAAUUGUUGUCACUGAG